AUGAGUGAUAACGACAAAGGCCGGGAGUCUCGCUCCGCGUCCCGGAGCGUGAGUCCACGGCAGUCUGAAAAGUCGGCAAGCUUCUCCCCAGCUCAUUCAAAAAAUGGCUCCCACCAGUCCCACCGCUCUCGCUCUAAAUCUUGGUCUCAAUCCAGGUCAAAAUCUGGCUCCCGUUCCCACCGUGGCUCACGCAGACACUACAGCCAGUCUCGCUCCCACUCAAGGUCCUCCCAUCACCGGUCCCACAGCAGGUCCUACAGUGGAGAGCGCCGGCGUAGAAGCCAUAGCCACUCCCCCAUGUCCAACCGCCGCCGGCACAUCGGCAACCGUGCCAAUCCAGACCCAAACGCCUGCCUUGGAGUGUUUGGCCUGAGCCUGUACACAACAGAGAGGGACCUGAGGGAUGUCUUUUCUAAAUAUGGCCCCCUGGCUGAUGUCAGUAUUGUGUACGAUCAACAGUCAAGGCGCUCCAGGGGCUUUGCCUUUGUUUACUUCGAGAACACAAAUGAUGCUAAAGAGGCAAAGGAGCGAGCGAAUGGUAUGGAGUUGGAUGGCCGGAGAAUCAGGGUGGACUUCUCCAUUACAAAGAGACCUCACACCCCAACACCUGGAAUUUACAUGGGAAGGCCCACAUAUGGUGGAGGUGGUCCCAGUGGUCCUCGCCGCCACUCACGCGAGUCACGUGACUCGCGUGACUAUGAUCGUGGAUAUGACCGCGGUUAUGACCGUGGGUAUGACAGAGGUGGCUACGAGCGCUAUGACGACCGGGAGUACUACAGAUCCUACAGACGGAGAUCUCCGUCACCGUACUACAGAGGAGCAGCAUACAGGUCUCGGUCAAGGUCCCGUUCCUAUUCUCCCCGUCGCUAUUGA